AAAACACUUAUUUCUUUUUGUUUAGAUCGAUCAGUUUAUGAAAUUCAAAGAAAAUUAUUUUCCUCUAAUUUUCUUUUUUAUUUGUGUUACAAGCGUGUAUAACUAUUUGUUGUUUUUUUGUGGUUUUUAUCAAUAAAUAAAUAAAUAAAUAAAUAUAUGCAUUACUCACGUCAAAUACUUUCUUUAAAAGAUCAAGUAUAUAGAGGCUAAAACCGGGUCAAAUCAGGCAUGAAACGCUCCACGGAGCUACAAAAAAUCGUAUACGAUUCAUUUAAGAUCCUAUACUAUCUGACAUAAAGAUCAUACAAGAAUCGUACUGUAGGAUUUUAUCAGAAAUGGUGGCUUUAAGAUUAUCUUACAGAAUCUUACAAGAUCGUAUACGAUUUUCGUAUGAUCUUAUAUGUUUAUACAAGAUCUUACAAUAAGUUCUUGCAUGAUCAUGUAGGAAUCGUAUAAGAUCUGACGGUCAGAUUCUUCCACCUGGGAUGUGAUGUUUUAAAACUACUUUAAUGAUGCACAUGACCCAUUCAUUUGAAUAAUAGUAUGAAAUAUGCCACAAUAUGAGUUCUCGCUACAAGAGGAUUGUUGAAAUUAUGAUUACCUUCAAUAUUUCAAAAGCAUCUUUUUCUAGCCACACCCGAAAUACGAAAUGGUUACUUGUCAAUCAUCAGGAGGAUUUAUUUAGAUGAUGAGCUGAAAUAAUUGGCCCUUAGUUUCUUUUAUUAAAAAAAACUCGUUCUAUGAUGUGAAUAUAUUCAGUGUAUGUUAACAUAAAAAUCAUUUACAAUACGAAAAAGAUCUGCAAAACAAAUCUUGUAAAAAAUACCCACAUCUAUCGAUUUUCAGCUUACUUCGUUCAAGUGUUUUACUGCAUGUAGUUCUUUAUCAGCAUUUAGAUUGUUAUUAUUAUUAUUUAACAAAACCGAAUCAUAUUCAAUCUUAAGAAUUAUUAAUUUCAACUCAUUCAGUCGAAAUAGUUGAUGCUGAGUUAAGGUUUCUUUUUGUUUUGGAUUGAGAUUAGAAACAAUAUGUAACAAGAAAGAACGAAACAAGAUUCUAUCUUUAUUGAUGGAGAACUUUCAUGAAUUAUUUUCUUUUUAAAAAGAAAUCAAUACGUUUAAUAAAAUUCUCCAAUAGAAUUAUUUUCUGAAAUAAUAUUCCUUUGUUUUGAACCAAUUAACAUUACAUAAAUAUCAACAUUUCAUUUAAUAACUGAUUCAUGUAAAUCUAUUUCUAAAAAGAAACAAAAAAUAACAACAAUAAACUUUUCUUUUAUUCUUAAUAGUUGUCCAUACAAAUAUCCAUCAGCAUUUUUUUUAAAAAUUUUUAAUUGAAAAAUUAUUUGUUUAACUUUUCGAAAAAUGUUUGAACACAUUCAUUUGGAUUAUUGUUGGUAAUUUUGAUUAAACCAAUAAUAAAUUCCGUAAUAACCAUUUGACGACUGAUAGUUUCCACCACAGGAUAAUGCUAAAAUUAUUUUUUUUUUCGAUAAAUUUUUAAAAUAAAAUAAAAUCUUUUUGCGCCAUUAAUAUCUUUAUCUAUACACCAUGAAGCUAAAGAAUUGAUUGUUUCUUCCGAAAUUAAUGUAAGAUUUUCUUUAAAAAAUUCUUCUGAAUUCUUAUCAUCAUGAUUAAAAAAAUUAUUAUUGCUAUUAUGGCUAUAUACUACAGAAAACAAAAAUUAAUAUUCGUUGCACUAAAGUAUUGCCUUUACCUAUUUUAGACAAUUCAUUAGAUAUUUAGAUUUUAGAAACUAAAGGUUUACCUGUAAAGAAAAAAUAUUAUGUUAAAAAAUUUCUUGAUGAUGAUAUUUAUGGUAAAACAACAACCACAUCAUUAACCCGUAUUGCUCAAUCUCUUUUAUUUUCUACAUCAUUUCUUGUUGAUAUUGUUCAAGCAGAAAUUUUAUCAACAUCUUCGAAUACAUUCACAUUUCGCGGAAAUUCUAUCGAAACUAAAUCUAUGGAAGCUAAUAUGAAAUUAAUUGGUGAAACAUUAACAUGUUUUGUAACAGAUGUUGUUUCAUCAAAAAAUUUCAAUGAUAUUAAUUUAAAAGUUGAUUCCGAUCAGAUAUCAAAUUUACAAAAUUUAGAAUGA